AUGGGAGUUUGCGUGGCUUUUCCCGAAGGAUGGAUGAGAACCGGCCAUGGCAGGUAUAUGCGACUUCGACGACAGAAAAUGAACAAGGAUAUGUUUGAAGUGCUGCAACAUAUUGGUGUAGGCGCAUUUGGACGAGUUUCCCUGGUGAAAAAGAAAGACUCUGGACAAGUGUAUGCCAUGAAGAGUUUGUUGAAAAAGGAUGUAAUCAUGAAACAGCAGGCAGCACAUGUGAAAGCCGAGCGCGAUAUUCUGGCCGAGGCCGAUUCACCGUGGAUAGUGAAGCUGUUCUUUUCGUUUCAAGAUGACCGUUGUCUCUACUUUGUCAUGGAAUACGUACCCGGUGGUGAUAUGAUGCAGCUGCUUAUCAAUAAAGGAAUUUUUGAAGAGAAACUGGCACGGUUCUAUAUCGCUGAACUCACCUGUGCCAUAGAAUAUGUGCAUUCGUUAGGAUUCAUUCAUCGGGAUAUCAAACCAGACAAUAUUCUGAUCGAUCAGCAAGGUCAUAUCAAGCUCACCGAUUUUGGCCUUUGCACUGGUCUUCGUUGGACGCAUGAUAGACGAUACUAUGGUCCCGAGAAUGUGUCCGAUCCAGCACAUGUACGAGUUGAUUCGUUUUCCCUACCACCAGAAGUGGCUGCAAUGGAGCAGAAUAUGAAAAUCGUAAAUUGGUCACGGUAUCUGGACGUUUCACCGCGUGCCGGUGGUGGUCAUCUGUCAAGGGACUGCAUCAUGCUUAUCCAGCGUCUGUGCUGCGAUCGAAAUAAUCGAAUCGGUGUGGCAGGAGCACGUGAAGUGAUGGACCAUCCGUGGUUUCGGGGAGUCGACUUCAAGAAUUUGCGAUCCACUCGUGCUGAAUUCAUACCAAGGGUGGAACAUGCCGAAGACACAUCGAAUUUCGAGGCAGUUGAGAUCAACGAAUCGCCAUUUGAAACACUCGGCAAACGAGCGCCUAACAAUCCGGCUUUCUACGAGUUUACUUUUCGACAUUUCUUCGAUACCGAUGGACAAGGCUGUCCAAGUCUACGACCUCCUCAGAAACGUCCACCACUUGCGCCUCUUUUCGAAAGUACCACCACAGCUCGUCAUGAGACUGUUAGCAGCUCGGAGUCGAUUGUUAUUUAA